UGUCGGCCAACAUCAGUCAGACAGAAUCGUCAGAAUCAGAACUAUCUGCUUGAUUUAUGUGAUGAAAGAAUUUGUCCAUACUAUAUAUUACUUUUAAUUUAAUUUUUAACAAUUUUAGUAAAAUGACGCUUUAUCAUUUUGGAAAUUGUUUAGCAUUAGUUUACGCGCCAUAUCAUAUGGCAUAUAAAUUAUCUGGAAUAUCGGAGUAUGCUACGUUUUCAAAAUGUGUAUAUGCCGGUGGGUUGUAUAUCUUCACACAGCUAUGCAAGAUGUUGCUUCUUGCCACAUUUUUCCCAGAUUCUGAUAGCAAAGUUGAUGGUGAAUAUGAUGUGAUUUUAGAAAUAUUGAAAGCUACAGUGGACUUCGCUGAUCUGCUGGGACUGUAUUUUGCCUUGAAUGCAGUACCAGGCAAGGGCCACGCUAAGAUUCUGACAGCAGCUAUAGGAUGGGCCAGUGCAGAGGUGUUGGUGACGCGCAGCGUGGUGCUGUGGACGGGCGCGCGCGGCGCGGAGUUCUCGUGGCGCUACGUGCGGCUGUGCGCGGAGUCGCAUGUGUGGCUGCUGCAGCACGCCGCCAGCGCGGCGCUGGUGUGGCUCGCCGUGCGCCGCGGGCUGCCGGCCGCGCUGCGUCCGCCGCUCGCGGUGCUGCUGGCGCUCACGCCCUACAGAGGUUUGAUAGAAGAUGGUGUGGGCAGCCUCCUCGGACUCAGCGUGUGGGCGCUCGUGGCGCUGCGGGCGCUGCACGCCGCCCUCGUCGGGCUCACAGCUCUGGGAAUGUACGCCGUGUUAGCGCAGCAGAUUGCUAUUUAAGAUAUAAAUAGAUUAUAAUGUUGUAUUGGUGUGUGGAUGUGGAAUGGAUAUCUAAUUUAAAUAAAUUUAAAAUAAGCUGUA